AUGGCUCCGAAAGUAGGUACUUUCGGUACCUACCGAAAUCGAAAGUCUACCGAAAGUACUUUCGAACAGGGUUUGGUUUACCGAAAUGUUCGAAAGUCGAAAGUCUUACCGAAAGUCGAAAGUCUUACCGAAGGUCGAAGUCUUACCGAAGGUCGAAAAUUUUACCGAAAACCGAAAGCUUUACCGAAAGUUGAAAGUCUUACCGAAAGUCGAAAGUCUUACCGAAAACCGAAAGCUUUACCGAAAGUCGAAAGUCUUACCGAAAGUCGAAAGUCUUACCGAAGGUCAAAGUCUUACCGAAAGUCGAAAGUCUUACCGAAUAUUGAAAGUCUUACCGAAUGUCGAAAGUCUUACCGAAAGUCGAAAGUCAGAGUUCGACAAAGGCCAAUCAUAUCUUGA